AGUAUAUUUCAAUACGAAUGAUUGAAAGAGAACGCCGAUUGGAACUUCCUCAAAGCGAAAUAACAAUUACUACUUCCAAAGUUCAACAGACAGUCAUGGAGAACGUUCAACAGGAAAACGAAGGAGCUAGAUACAUAACAGAAAACAAGUCAAUGAAACAGCAAAGAACGCAAUAUACUAACAACGCAAAUGAUUCCAGUAACGAUAAUAGGAGACCAAAUGAAACUUAUCAUUACUGGAAGGACGAAAGAAGUGAUUAUAUCAAAACUAUAUAUAUAACGCACAAGUUGUUAAAUGACAAUGGACAAAAUCUUACAGCAAGACAACGUGCAAAGUUUGUAAGAGAACGAUGUAAAUCAUUUCUACAGGAAAACAAUAUACUACUUUAUCCCAAUACAAGAUGUAAAUUCGAUGGCCAAUUUAUGAUUAGUCGUCGUUAUAACUUAGCUAUUUGCUAUAACUGUAAAGUGGCGUCUACAAACACAAAACGUGUGCUUUACGCUCUCGACCACAAUUUUACUGAGAAUGUCAACAGUCUUACAAGACGAAUGGUAGAUCCGUAUAGUAGGCAGCGCAAGCAAAAGUUCCAACAAGUUAUGUCCGAAAAGCGCCGUCCCAAUAUAAUGUUUAUUAGAGAACCACUAGAAAGGUUGCUAUCUGCAUAUAGAAAUAAACGAGCUUAUACAAAGGAAUUUACCAACAAAUCGUUUUCAUUUAGAAAGUAUUUACAACUGAUUAUAAACGAAAAUAUGAUUAAACUGGACAGACAUAUUUAUCCAUAUUUUGAAAGGUGUCGGCCAUGUGAAAUGCAAUAUGACCUAAUUGGUCUCCUAAGCAAUUUUUACGAUGACACUAAAAUGGUGUUGAAAGUGAUCGGCGCCAGUGGAAAAACUGACAUCCCGGAAAGGUUUGCAACUGGUUAUGAAUCUGAUUCAAGCGAUAAGUUUUUACAACAGUAUUAUCAAAAAGUUCCAGAUAGUUUAAUUAACAAAUUAUGGUUAAAAUAUUACAAGGACUAUUAUAUUUUUGGAUUUCCUUAUCCAGCACACCUGUUGAAAUGAUAUAGUUGAAAGUGGUAAAUGUAUUACCAAAGUUCUAAACUUUAAAGAAAGGUUGAGACUGGGUUUGUUUGUUUUGUGCUUAUUAUCGCUUGUCAACAGUAUUUCAGUAUUUCAGUUAUGUAAUGAUGGACUAGGUUUCUUUAAUCAUGUGCUUCUACUCAUCAAGCAGCUGCAAUUACGCACAUAAUUCAGAGGAAGGGUACGAAUGAUUUUAAAAACAAGGCCUUUUAUCUCUCGACUAUGGGAAAAUACUCCUCAUCCAGGGAUCAAACUAACGACGAAGCAUUUUGUAUAUCUGCGCUUUCCCUAUUUAUCUCAGCACGUGUUCAGAUUGCAAUUGAUUAAGUUAUUUUCUUACAUUCAUUUAAGUAUGACAAACGUACAUUGGGAGAAACCAAAUUAAAACUUAUAUGUAAUUCAUGUUGUCUGGCAGAAUAAUUCUUUGUUGCUUGUUGCAAAACGCCGCUCAAAUAACAAGGAUAAAUAUCAAACACGGCAUGUCUCGUUCAAAAAAUCGCAGCCCCAGAAAAACGCGUAACCAACAUCG